AUGUUAUCUGACUACUUUUCUUGUAUUUCCCAUAUUUAUGGCCAUAUACAUAACCUAAAAUAUGGUAUUACUCAUUGCUUCGACUUAGUUUUCGAUAGAAAGGUUAUAUACGUCAAUUAGAGGAAUUCUUAUAUUAAGUCCAGUAUUUGUAUUUUCUAGUGUUUAAACAUACUCAGGUUUUAUUGCAGAUAGAGAUUAAUAUUAACCGUUUUCAGUUAGUUUUAUUAAAACUUCAGUUUUUAAAUAUUAUGUACAUUCUUUAGGAAUAUAAGACAUAUUGAAAUCAAAGUUUAAAUUAUUGACAAUGAAAUUUUUAUUAUCAACUUAUUCAGUAAAACAAUCAGAUUAUACUAUUACUGUAGUUAUCUAUUCAUAUAACUCUAAUUCACAUUAAGGAAUUUCUUAAGCUUUUUAUUCGUCAAGUUCUAAGCAUUUAAAUUCUUCGGUAAAUUUAGACUAUAUAAAACCUUCCACACAAUAACAAAAUCUCUCCCUUUCCAUAAAUGA